AUGUCGCCGCUAGUAUUCGAUAUACAUGACAUCCAGCUUCUGAGGAAGUGGGGUAUUUGUGGCGUGUUAUCUGGAACACUGCCCACUGCAGCACAGCAAAACGUAUUUUUGUCCGUACCCCUGAGGCUUAUGCUGGAAGACGUGCUGUGGCUACACUUAAACAAUCUUGCCGACGUGAAAGUAAUAAGAAAAGAAGGUGAUGACAUUAUGGCGGGAAUAACUCCACAGCGGGGUGCUAAGCUAGCCAGGCUGGUCGAAGAUCGUCUAAGUAAGUCAUUUGAAUAUCAGAGAAAGUUCAAAAAGGAUGAACACAUUGCAAAGUUGAAAAAAAUCGGCAAAAUAAAUGAUAACACCUCAACUGAAGAAUUACAGCGGCUGGAUAAAUCUAACAAUAACGAUCAGCUGAUCGAAUCUUCUUUGUUCAUUGACGUUGCGGAUAUUUCUAUGAUCUUAAAGGACGUCAAUAUCGAUUUAAAUGGUCCAUCUUACGAUGAUAUCCGUAAUUUGUUAUUCAAGCAAUACAGACGGACAGAAAAGAUGCAGACUUACCUGUUAUACAAGGCUUUGAGAGAUCAAGGGUACGUUUUGUCUCCAGGUGGACGUUUUGGUGGAAAAUUCAUAGCAUAUCCCGGUGAUCCACUACGUUUCCAUUCGCAUUUGACCAUACAAGAUGCGAUCGAUUAUUGUAACGAACCCAUUGACCUGAUUUCUAUGAUAAGCGGUGCAAGGCUAGGGACCACCGUGAAGAAACUUUGGGUCAUAGGCGGCGUUGAAGAGGAGACCAAGGACACACAUUUCUUCUCCGUGGAGUGGGCUGGAUUCGGUUAA